AUGGCUUCACCCCACGCGGUCGACAGCCCCCCUGAUGGCACCGGCGUGAUCAAGCUCGAUCCAUGGCUGGAGCCGUUCCGCGACGCUCUGCGAGAGCGAUUCGCGCUCGUCGAAGGCUGGAUCAAGACCAUCAACGACACAGAAGGCGGGUUGGACCAAUUCAGCCGGGGCUACGAGAAGUUCGGGCUCAAUGCCAACGCCAACGGCGACAUCACAUACCGGGAAUGGGCUCCCAAUGCUGUCCAGGCAUCUCUUGUUGGGGAGUUCAAUAACUGGGACGUCGAGGCCCAUCCCAUGACAAAGAACGACUUUGGUGUGUGGGAGCUUACAAUUCCAGCCAAAGAUGGCGCCCCUGCGAUUCCUCACGAUAGUAAAAUCAAGAUCACCAUGGUCAUCCCCAGCGGCGAACGCAUCUACCGCAUGCCCGCCUGGAUCAAACGCGCCGUCCAGGACCUCAGCGUCUCGCCAACCUACGACUCCGUCUUCUGGAACCCCCCAGCCGACCAGAAAUACCACUUCCAGCACGCGCGCCCCAAGAAGCCGCAGAGCCUGCGCAUCUACGAAGCCCACGUGGGCAUCUCGUCGCCGGAAACCCGCGUCGCCACGUACAAGGAGUUCACGGCGACGAUGCUGCCGCGCAUCCAGUACCUGGGGUACAACGCGAUCCAGCUGAUGGCGGUAAUGGAGCACGCCUACUACGCCAGCUUCGGGUACCAGGUGAACAACUUCUUCGCGGCGAGCAGCCGGUACGGCACGCCGGAGGAUCUCAAGGAGCUGGUGGACACGGCGCACAAGAUGGGGCUCGUCGUGCUGCUGGACGUGGUGCACAGCCAUGCGUCCAAGAACGUCCUCGAUGGGCUGAACAUGUUCGACGGCACUGAUCAUCUGUAUUUCCACGAGGGCGCCAAAGGCCGCCACGACCUCUGGGACAGCCGGCUGUUCAACUACGGGAACCACGAGGUGCUGCGCUUCCUGUUGAGCAACCUGCGCUUCUGGAUGGAGGAGUACGGCUUCGAUGGGUUCCGCUUCGACGGCGUCACCAGCAUGCUCUACACCCACCACGGAAUCGGAACCGGCUUCUCCGGCGGCUACCACGAGUACUUCGGCCCCGCCGUCGACGCCGAAGGCGUCAUGUACCUCACGCUGGCGAAUGAGAUGCUCCACGCGCUCUACCCGGACUGCAUCACUGUAGCCGAGGACGUCUCAGGCAUGCCAGCGCUCUGUCUCCCGCACGCCCUCGGCGGCGUCGGCUUCGACUACCGCCUCGGCAUGGCCAUCCCGGACAUGUACAUCAAACUGCUGAAAGAGAAAUCCGACGACGAAUGGGACAUGGGCAACCUAGCCUUCACCCUGACAAACCGGCGCUACGGCGAAAAGACCAUCGCCUACGCCGAGAGCCACGACCAAGCCCUGGUCGGCGACAAAACCCUCAUGAUGUGGCUCUGCGACAAAGAGAUGUACACGAACAUGUCAGUCCUAACCGAGCUAACGCCCACCAUCGCGCGCGGCAUGUCGCUGCACAAGAUGAUCCGGCUGGUGACCCACGCCCUCGGCGGCGAGGGCUACCUCAACUUCGAGGGCAACGAAUUCGGGCACCCGGAGUGGCUCGAUUUCCCGCGCGCGGGCAACAACAACUCGUUCUGGUACGCGCGGCGCCAGCUCAACCUCACCGAGGACCACCUCCUGCGGUACGGGCAGCUGAACGAGUUCGACCGCGGCAUGCAGCACGCCGAGGCGAAGUACGGGUGGCUGCAUGCGCCGCCGGCGUACAUCAGUCUCAAGCACGAGGUCGACAAGGUGCUGGUAUUCGAGCGGGCCGGCUUACUCUGGGUGUUUAAUUUCCAUCCGACGGAGAGCUUUACGGAUUAUCGGGUGGGUGUGGACGUUGCGGGCACGUAUCGCAUUGUGCUGGAUACCGAUGAUGAGGCGUUUGGUGGGUUUGGACGGAAUCGCAAGGAUACGAGAUUCUUUACUACGGAUCUGGAGUGGAAUGGGAGGAAGAACUAUGUGCAGGUUUAUCUGCCGAGUCGGACUGCCCUGGUAUGUUUUGUUCAUUGA